ACAUUUGGAGCCGUAAUGUCGGCUAGACUGCCGCUAGGAAAUGUAAAACGCUAUUUUGCCAAACCGGAAAAAACAGGGCUUAGACGUUCACGAAAUCAGCUUUACGGGGAAAAUACAUUCUUAUUUAACGCACUGUAACUAUGUAAUUAUUAUUUGUUCAAAUAGCACUUGUUUAAGGCAUUUUACGUACAGCAUUAACUCCUUAAAAUGUUUGAAAUACGUCAUCUGUGGACACCCAUUCUUGACUGUAAAUGAAGCCGUCUGUAUGCACAGCUGAAGGAUGCGGAUAUUAGUCCUUAAAGAGCCGAGGGAUGAGGAGUCUGGACCUGAUCCCUACGUGAAAGAGCUGGAAUCGCAUGGACACAAAGCAACACUCAUUCCUGUGCUGUCAUUUAAGUUUGUCUCGUUAAACACCUUUUCGGAUAAGCUUUUUCAGCCAGAGAAAUAUGGUGGCCUGAUCUUUACCAGUCCCAGAGCAGUGGAGGCUGUGAAGAUGUGUUUAGAGGCUGAAGAAAGAAGAGGAGAAUGGAACAAAUCCAUAAAAGAUAAAUGGAACACAAAAUCCAUCUAUGUGGUGGGGAAGGCAACUGCGGCAUCAGUUCAAAGUCUGGGUCUGAAGCCCCUGGGAGAGGACACAGGGACAGCCGAUGUCUUAUCACGUCUCAUCAUUGAACGAGAGGACACCAAUAUCCCACCACUUUUUUUCCCCUGUGGCACAAUUAAAAGAGAAGUCUUGCCCACGGCUUUAAGGGAAAAUGGAGUUCCCUUAGAGACGCUGACUGUCUAUCAAACAGCUGAGCAUCCAGAUCUUGAGAAAAAUCUGAAAAACUACUUCACAGAGCAGGGCACUCCAGCAAGCAUAGCUUUCUUCAGUCCAUCUGGGGUAAAGUUUUGCCUGGAAGCAGUUCAGGGGCUGUCAGGUGAAGAGUUCACUGAAAUAAAGAAACGUCACUGGUACUGCUUAAGUAGCGACCAUUUGCAGCCAUCGGGCCGACUACACGAGACGCUAUGACAGCAGAAGGCCUGUGUGUGAGCUGCACAGCUGAGAAGCCAACGGCCGAGCAUUUGGCAGCAGCGAUAGCCGAGGUUCUACACUGACCAUCUUGAUGCAUCAACACUUAAAUUUAUCCAAUCUCUCUGUUGUCUGUCUGAUGAUUCUACGUUAUAUAUAAAUGUCAAAUCAUUUGUAUUAUUUAGUUGCUCAGGUUAUCAUCGCUGGACUUGAAGUUUGCACUGAGAAAAUGUUGUUUGUGUCAUGAAGGUCAAGAAACUUUAUUUUAUUUCAAACCUGUUUUAAGUGAAAAACAAUUUUUGAAAAAAAAGGAACGGUCAGUGUGAUUAAAAAUCCAAAUACAAA